GGCUGGUGGCGCGGCCUCCGCCGGCAAACGCCGCGGCAGGGCCGUGGAUGAGGCGGAUAAGCUGCCGUCCAAGAAGCGGAAGCAGGCGAGGGCCAACGAUGAGACACAGGCGAUCACACGCAAGGAGGAGGUGCUGCAGCUCGACCCGUCCGCUCGAGCCAGCUGGCUCGCCCGGGCGGCGCGCCUGGCCAAGGCCGGGCGGCUGGACAGGGCGCUCCUGUACGAGUCCGUGGCCAGCCCGGAGUUUGUCCAAGGAGUCACCAGCGCCGAGGGGCGGCGGAUGUACCGCGUCGUACACGCCAACCUCGGCCUCUUCGACGAGCGGCAGGCCGGCGUGCUCGGCGAGGAGUGCGCGCUCGCGAGGGCCUAUAAAGCGACCGCCUGGGCCCAGGAACCGCCCGCGGCGGCCGCGGCGCCCUCUGCGAAGGCCACGGAGGCCGCG